AUGUCUUCUGAGACUCCCUUCAAGCUCGCUAUUCCCGACGCCGACCUCGCCACCCUCAAGCAGAAGCUUGACUUGGCUCGCUUCCCCGACGAGCUCGACGGGGCUGGCUGGGACUACGGCGUUCCUCUCGCAGACAUCAAGCGUCUCGUCGCGCGAUGGAGACAAGGGUAUGACUGGAGGAAGCACGAAGCCGAUAUCAAUACGCUUCCGAUGUUUACUCGGGGCAUCGAGGUGGAUGGUCAUGGGACGCUGGAGAUCCACUACUUGCAUCAGAAGAGCAAGGUCAAAAAUGCGAUCCCACUGUUGUUCGUUCACGGAUGGCCUGGAAUCUUCAUCGAGGGUCGCAAACUCCUUCCUUUGCUGAUAGCGUCGUCGCCGGACCAUCCUAGUUUCCAUGUCGUUCAACUUGGACUCCCUGGCUACGGUUUCUCAGAGGGGCCAAAGAAGAAAGGAUUCGCUGGCAAAGAGUAUGCUCAGGUUGGACAUAAGCUCAUGCUCGCGCUGGGGUACGACGAAUACGUCACGCAGGGCGGUGACUGGGGAUACUUUGUCACGCGUGCUAUAGCCGGCCAGUACGGGCCCAAACAUGUCAAGGCCUGGCACACGAACAUGCCUGUGGCGACCCCACCAACAUUUUUUGGGCACCCAUAUCUCUAUAUCAAGCAUGCACUGUUCUCGUACACAGAACAAGAACUUAAAGGUCUCGCACGUAUGCAAUGGUUCCGGCAACACGGAAAUGGAUAUUUCCUGGAACAGUCGACGCAGCCUCAGACUCUCGGAUACUCCCUCGCAGACUCCCCUGCGGGUCUUCUCGCGUGGAUAUACGAGAAGCUCGUAAAUUGGACGGACAAGUACGAGUGGGAGGACGACGAAGUGCUCACAUGGAUUUCAAUCUACUGGUUCUCGCGCGCGGGCCCUGCGGCAUCGGUCCGUAUCUACUACGAGACGCAGCACUCGGGCGAACGCAUGAACCCGCCGACGUCCACCAUUCCGUUCGGCGUGUCGUACUUCCCGAUGGAGCUCUUGCGGGCGCCACUGACAUGGAUUCAGACUAUCGGCAACGUUGUGUUCCAGUCUUCUCACGAGAGAGGUGGACAUUUCGCCGCCCACGAGAGGCCGGACGAUCUAGCUGAUGAUCUGAGGAAGAUGUUCGGUAAGGGAGGGGCUGCGUACGGCGUUGUACCAGGGAAGGAUGGGUACGUCUGAAAGUAGUGUGACGUGGGAUUGUACAUACAGAGAUCAUGCAUAUCAUGGCUUCGUAAAGUCAAAGUUCGGGACAAAUAUAC